UUUUAUUCUUCUUCUUCUCUCUCUCUUUACUCAAAUCUUGAUUUUAUUAUGCCUAGACCUUUAGAACACACAAAUGUUAUUGAUAGAGAUCCACUUUAUCGCCCAUCAAUGCAACCCGAUCCAAAAGAAAAACUUCCCUCUUCUUCUGCUCCCUCUUCUUCAUGGUUAGAUCUGAAACAAGCUCAUACAUCCCUUCUAUUACCGAAACAAGUUAAAUCAACACAGCUUACUGCUUCUUGGGAAUCUACUUUGGAAAAAUGCAUUAAAAGUAUUGUCUCCAUCAAGGCUACUCGAGUACGAUGUUUGGAUACCGAAAUUCCUGGUGUAUUUUCUGCUACUGGUUUUGUUGUCGAUGCUAAUCGUGGAAUCAUCUUAUCAAAUCGUCAUGUGGUUUCCGUUUCUCCUAUUGUAGCUCAAGCUGUCUUGUGCAAUUAUGAAGAAAUUGAUCUCAAGCCUAUUUAUCGUGACCCUAUUCAUGAUUUUGGUUUUCUUCAAUAUGAUCCAUCCAAGGUGCGAUUUCUCAAUAUGCCAUCCAUUGAACUCUAUCCUGAAGGUGCUCGUGUGGGUCAAGAAAUUAGAGUCGUAGGAAAUGAUGCAGGUGAAAAACUCAGUAUUUUAUCUGGAACUUUGGCAAGGCUCGAUCGUGAAGCACCGGAUUAUGGUAUAGGUGAAUACAACGACUUUAAUACAUUUUAUCUCCAAGCGGCAUCAAGUACAAGUGCUGGAUCAAGUGGUAGUCCGGUGUUAGACUUACAAGGAAGAGCUAUAGCUCUGAAUGCUGGUGGUGCUGCUCGUGCUUCUUCAAGUUAUUACUUUCCUCUCCAACGUGUUCGACGCGCCUUACAAUGUAUUCAACAACAAUCAGUGAUUUCUCGUGGUACUCUUCAAACCGAGUUUGUUUAUCGUUCCUAUGAUGAAUUAUUACAACUAGGAUUGGCAAAACAUAUUGAACAACGUCUCCGAUCGUUGCAUCGAUAUAGUGGUGAUCAUGAAGAAGGACAAGAAUAUCAAGGGCUUUUGGUUGUGAAAUCAUUAUUACCAGAUGGACCUGCUUCGAAAUAUUUGGAACCAGGUGAUAUUUUACUGACUGGAAAUGGUGCGAUCAUAUCAACAUUUAUUGAAUUGGAAGAUAUACUGGAUAGCAAUGUCAAUAAAUCGGUAUGCCUUGUUGUGUCUCGUGCUGGUGAACUCAAAGAAUACACAAUGACAGUUCAAGAUUUACAUCAGGUGACACCUCAUAGAUAUGUGGAAUUCGGUGGUGGCGUGAUGCAUGAUUUAUCUUAUCAAAUGGCUCAUUCUUACGGUUUAUCUUUGAAAAAUCCUGGUGUUUAUGUGGCUGCUUCUGGCUAUAUCAUGGGAACUGCUUAUGCAGUACGACGAUCUGUCAUUCUAGGUCUAGACAAUCAUCCUAUACAUGAUUUGGAUGAUUUUAUCCGCAUCUUGCAGCAGAUUCCUCACGGUAGUCGGGUACCCAUUCGCUUUUAUUCCUUGUCAAGAGCCAAGAAGGAUCGGGUGAUGCUUGUCCAUGUGGAUCGACGAUGGCAUCGCUUUUGCUUGGCCAUCCGGAAUGAUCGAACUGGUGUCUGGGAUUAUCAAUCUCUUGAAUCUACUAAUUAUCUUCAAAUACAAAAACCUAUAUUACCAUAUAAACAAGAUUCAAUGGAUCGAUCAAUAUCACCAUCAUCAUCAUCACCAUCAUCAUCAUCAUCAUCAUCAUCAGUCGGUGGUGAUCCAUUACAAAAGUUAUCCAAAAGUCUGGUCUCAGUCGACUGCUAUCCACCGUUUAUUAUUGAUGGGUUACGUACUUCUCAUGCGUUUGGCGCUGGACUCAUAGUAUCGUUGGAUCCUCCUUUGGUCAUAUGUGAUCGCGAUACAGUACCAACAGCUUUAUCCGACAUUUCUUUAACUGUCAACAAUUCAGUCACCGUGUCAGCUCGGUUGGAAUUUUUACAUCCUUUCUACAACUUCGCCAUCCUCUCUUUUGAUCCAAUACCGCUUUUCUCUGCAGGUCUGGAAGUCCAUGCGGCGAAACUCAGCGAUGUUGAACUUGAACGCGAUGACAAGGUGAACUAUGUUGGACUAGGAGGGGAUUCAAAAUCAGUGAUCAAAAAGACAUAUAUCGCUACUCUCCGAGCCAUUAGAACCAAAGAAAGUACUCCACCAAGAUGGCGUGCAGUCAAUGUCCAAGCUUUAAAAACUGGUGAAUCGCUUACAGGUCAAGGAGGUGCACUUGCUGAUGAUGAAGGACGUGUACAAGCCUUUUGGAUGACUUUUGCGACGGAAGACGAAAAAGACGAAAGUGUGAACGUAAUGGGUGGUCUACCAAGCAAGUUAUGGAAACCUACUGUGAUAAAAAUGAUACAAGCCUAUAAAAACCAGGAAGAUGCUUCAUGGAUGACUACAAGACCUAUUAUUCGUGGUUUGGAUGCAGAAUUCUGGACAAUGCAGUUGGUGCAUGCAAGAUUAUUGAACUUACCGAAAAAAUGGCUCGAUGUAUUUGGUGAAUCCGAUCAUCCUCAUGUACUCUACCUUUUGGGCUUUACUAAUCCUUCAAGUCCUUGUGCAAAUGUUUUGAAGGUUGGCGACAUUAUUCUUAGCAUUAAUGGUGAUAUUGUAUCUAGCGUAAAUGAAUUGUCUCACUAUGAUCAAGAAGAAACUUUAUCAAUGAUUAUAUUCCGUGAUGGCAAGGAAAUGAAUUUGAUAGUACCUACUACAUUAUUUGAUGGCAGAGAAACUACUAGGUUGAUUGGAUGGCAAGGAUUAUUUGUACAAGAACCAUAUCAAGCAGCAAAGGAACAAAUGAGGGAAAAAGUACCUGAAGGUGUGUAUGUGUCUUGUUGUCUUUUUGGAUCACCAGCUCAUGUAUCAAUUCAAGUUGGUGUAUGGAUCACUGAAAUUAACCAAGAACCUGUUCCUACUUUGGAUGCAUUUUUGUCAGCAGUAUUGAAAAGAAACGCAAUAAAAACAACUACAACGAAAACAACAAUAUCCACUGGAAGACCACAACGGGAAGAUCUCUAUACUCACAGACAUACUCCACAGCAACUGAGACAAAAAGAAACAAGUGAAUGGCUACUCUCUCAACCUACGAUGACGGCAAAAGACGAUAUCGAAACGGAACAGGCUACUCAUGUGCGUGUCAAAUAUGUCACUCGAAAUAAUGUGGUACAUGUAAGUAUGUUACGCUUAGAUCUUCACUAUUGGCCCACUUGGCAAAUUCAAAGGGAUGACACUAACCCUCUUGGCUGGACAUACCAAUCCUUCUCCUCUCAUAUUUGAUGGUUUGCUAUAGUAGUAGUUAAUUUUACAUUAGACAUUUUUUUUUCUUUUUGGUUUUUAGUUUAUAUCUUAUUAUUUACUUAUUAUAUUGAAUAAACACUAGUUACAUCAAUAAAACUCUUUCUACAAGCUUCUUCUGAC